GUGCGUCUAUCUAAUUUUGUGGCAACUGUCAAUAAUUUUAUUUGUAUAGAAAUAAAAUCUUGAAAGAUAAAAUAGAAUUUUGCCACAAAAAUAAAAUAAGUCGAGUUAUGCAAUAAUAUGAGAGAAAAUGUGUCUUUGAAACCUCAAUUUGUAUUGUGUAUAAAGUAAAUGCAGAAAAGAAUUUGCACACAUUCGUAACAUUUAGGUUAUUUUUCAUAUUAACAAUUUUUGCAUUUACAAACAUGAAGUUAAUAAAACAAAUAUUAUGUGCGCCAAAAACUGCGUGGCUUCAAUAUUACAAACGAACUUAUGCCAGCAGAAAUAUUUUGAAACUCAGUGAACGCGGGAUGUAUCAAGACAUGUUUCCUAGCACAGCCGGAACUGAAAUACUAGACUUAUUAAAUAAAGCCCCACAAUGUGUCUAUGCUGGCUUUGAUCCUACAGCAAAUAGUCUUCAUGUCGGCAACCUGCUUGUUAUCAUAAACCUUUUGCAUUGGCAAAGGGGAGGACAUGAUGUCAUUGCUUUGUUAGGUGGAGCUACAGGGUACAUUGGUGACCCAAGUGGAAGGAGCACAGACCGCAUAGCCUUACAUAGUGAUGUAAUACAAGAAAAUGUUAAUUGUAUCAAGAACAAUUUGGAGACAGUGUUUGAAAACCAUAAGAAGUAUAUCUGGAUGAAAGAUGAAAGUAAACUUAAACCUAUAAAGGUAGUCAAUAAUGAAUCUUGGUACAGAGAUAUAGACUCCAUACAAUUUGUAAGUGAAAUAGGUAGAAACUUCCGCAUGGGCACCAUGUUGUUAAAACAGAGUGUUCAGUCUAGAAUAAAUUCAGAAAUCGGAAUGAGUUUCACUGAAUUUGCAUACCAGAUAUUUCAAUCAUAUGACUGGUUACAUUUAUUGAAGGAGUAUAACUGCAGAUUUCAGGUAGGUGGCAGUGAUCAAAUGGGCAAUAUAAGUGCUGGACAUGAAUUAAUUAGCAGAACUACAAAGAAAAGUGUUUAUGGCCUCACACUACCUCUUGUGACAACAGAAGAAGGCGACAAAUUUGGGAAAUCAGCUGGCAAUGCCGUAUGGUUAGAUGCAAAGAAAACUAGCCCUUACGGUUUGUACCAGUUCUUCAUCAGGACAAAGGAUUCAGAGGUCGAGAAUCUGCUGAAAUUGUUUACAUUCUACAGUGUGGGGGAAAUACAGGACAUUAUGUAUAAACAUAAGCAGCACCCUGAACAAAGAUAUCCGCAGACUUGUUUAGCUGACCAACUUACAAUGCUAGUACAUGGAAAAGAGGGAUUAGAACGAGCAAUGAAAGCAACUGAAGCCAUUUAUAGCAAAGACGUGAAAUCUCUCGUAUCGCUUAGCAGUACAGAAUUGGAGCAGAUAUUUGAGAACGCGACUGUUACGAACCUACUUUUAUCUCCUGGCAUAACAGUUUUGGAACUCGGCAUGAAGGCGAAAUGCUUUCCUACUGAGAGUGACGCAAUGCGGAUCAUCCAAGCCGGCGGUUUCUACAUCAACCACCAGAAAGUAAAGAAGAUCGACGAAGUUAUCACACAGUCGGCUCAUAUACUUCCUAACUUAUUAUCCUUACUUAGAGUUGGCAAACGAAACUACUACAUUGUUAAAUGGCAGACGUAAUAUAGAGAUAUUUAUUGAUAUUUGUUGUUUUAUUGUACUUAUUUU